AUGCCAACAGUGCUGCAGGACAUGUCCAAGAUCGCCAUGUUCCGAUCAGCGGAAGCUGCGUGCAGCGUCUUGGAACAUGAUCCGCGCGGAAGGGAAGCGGUUGCAAUUUGGCACCGCCUGCAGGUAGAGGCCCCAACCACACAGAGCACGUCACCCGUCCUUAUCUUGGAGGGCGCGGACGGCGUUGGAAAAUCCACACUGGCGAGAAACUUGCAACAGUCCUUGCAGGCCUUGCUUCUCAAGACGCCCCCGACAGAGCUGGAGCAUCUGCGGCAUCAUUUCGAUGCGGCAGACCCACAACUCCGUAGGGCCUUCUACCUUCUGGGAAACUACGUUUGUGCUGCCAGCCUUCGGCAGUUGGAGCCAACGCAGCCUGUGCUUGUGGAUCGCUUCUGGCCAUCUUCGGCAGCUUAUGCGCUCACCUAUGACUUCCAGUGUGAGCAUCCGGAAAUCUCCCGGAUGCCGACGGACCUGGCGGACUUGCUUCCUUUUGGAAGACCCGUCAUCUUCUUGGUCAUGACGCUCCCGGAAGAGGCACGCUCCAGACGCGUGCGUGCCAGACCAGGCGCAAUCACCUCUGAAGAGGAGGCACUGGAACGCCACGAGGCGGUUCGGGAGCGUCUGGCGCGUGCUUACUCGACGCUGCAGCUCCCGGAGGGUCAGGCCAUGCACUUCCUUGAUGCCUCCGGAAGCGAAGGAGAUGUCUUGGAGCGGGCCCUCGCCCUCGUAGAAGCACAGGUGAAGAAUUUCCAUGCGAUGCCGGUGCCGCUUUCCGUGAAUUGGCACUACACCAGGCAGUGCAAUUACACUUGCAAGUUCUGCUUCCACACCGCCAAGACAUCCUUCUUCCUGCCGCAGACGAAGGAGGGAAUGGAUGAGGCAAAGCAGUGCUUACGCCGCCUCCACUGGGCGGGCAUGCAAAAGCUGAACUUCAGUGGCGGCGAGCCCUUCCUGCAUGAGAAGGAGCUCGCAGAGCUGUGCCGCUUUUGCAAGGAGGAGCUUGAACUGCAGUCCGUCAGCAUCGUCAGCAACGGCAGCAAGAUUACCGAAGACUGGAUUCGGAAGAAUGGUACGUAUGUGGACAUCUUGGCCAUCUCCUGUGACUCCUUCCAGGAGGAAACCAACCUGAAGAUCGGGCGUGGCAGGGGAUCCCACCUGCAGCAGCUGGAGUCUAUCCGCAAGUGGUGCGAGGAGGCAAGCAUCAAGUUCAAGGUGAACACAGUCGUCAAUGCCCUCAAUGUCAACGAGGACAUGGGCUCCUUCAUCCGCCAGCUCAAGCCGGUUCGGUGGAAGGUCUUCCAAUGCUUGCUGCUGGAAGGAGAGAACGCCGGCGAGGAAGCUUUGCGCAAUGCCCAGAAGCUGACCGUUUCCUCGGACGACUUCAAGGGUUUCUUGGCGCGCCACUCUCAGAUUGACUGCCUUGUCCCUGAAGACAAUGAGACGAUGAAGGACUCGUACCUGAUUCUGGACGAGUACAUGCGCUUCCUGAACUGCACCGGUGGCGCGAAGAAACCGACUGAGUCUCUGCGCGACGUGCCUGUCAUCACAGCCUUGAAAGGUGCAGGAUUCGAUUCGAAGAUGUUUCACACGCGUCUCGGGGUUUACGACUGGACACGGCAACGAGCUGGAUGCGCCGAUGGAGGCGACGUUGAGGACUUGGCAGGCCGCGCACGCAGGCUGACGCCGUUCAGGAGGACACCGUGUCCUCUUGCGGCCCGCGGCAAUACACUCCGAUCGUGGGGCCAGGUGCAUAUCUUCGCCGCAGCUGCAGCCGCACUGGCUGCUGCUGGUCUGGCAGCCGUUGUCUCCAACAGCCGCAGCUCACGAAUUCUCUCUGCACGUUGA